GUACCGAACCUUCCAAAAACUAUUGAAGAAAUGAAGAUUGCUCGAUAUUUACUUCAACAACUUUUUAUAUCAUUCUUUGGAAUUGUUCAGUUAGAUAUAAUAUUGAAUCCACAGAUGAUUGAAUUAUUAUUUGGUGAAAAUGAAACAACAACAAAAAUACCAUUACAAAUUCAAUCUCAAAAUGCCAUUUUAUAUAGUAUAUACAAAAAUAAUGAUAAUUAUUUUUUAAAAUUUGCAAUGAAUCAUAUUAUUUCUAAUCAAGUUACCGUUCGUUACUUCGGGGACACUAAUCUUGAGCGAAAUACUAAUAUUUUAUUUAAAAUGUUAACGAAUGGAGGAGAUAAAUUUUCUAAAAUUUGUUGUUGCUAUAAUCAUUCUCUAGAGCUUAAUGAUAUUAUUAUUGAGGUAUUGUAG